GCGCGCUGUCCCGGAGCCGGCCAGCCCAGUGCGGAUCCACUCUUCCCGCUUCCUCUGGGAGGAAACGCGAACUUGGUGUGGACAUGUGGGCAAGACAGUGAUAGGCGCCUGGAGAAAGUUCACGCCCUUUAACUUCUCCUUUUCCUAGGAUCUCUCUGGGAGCUGACACUCCAGCCUUCACGACCCGUUCGGAUUUUUCCAGGACUCAGGAGUGGCACUGGGAAGAAGGGGACCGCUUUCUGCAAUUGGCCUCGACACUGGCUUCCAAGAAGACCUGUCGCCUUUGUUUUUAAGUCUCCAGAAAUGGAAGAAGAAGGCGAAGUCAGUUGAAGUCGCGAGAAAUCAGCGAGGCAUUUGAAGGCGCUUCCUGAAAACCUUCAUUCCCUGGCACGUUGUCUGUUUCACCAGCCCUGCCCCUCCUCGGAGCUUGCUUGCGGAAUUCUUCCCCUUCGGGUGUGUGGUGGUAUUCCCCCCCCCCCACCUCCAAUGUGGAUUCCAAAGGAUUUGUCCCUUCUUUGUCAUUUGAAAUGAAAUGAUGGCCACGCGUCGGACUGGUCUGCCUGAGGGAGAUGGUGACAAGCUCAAGGCCUGCGAGGUCUCAAAAAAUAAAGAUGGAAAAGAACAAAGUGAAACUGUAUCACUGUCCGAAGAUGAAACAUUCUCCUGGCCAGGUCCCAAAACAGUUAUGUUGAAAAGAACAUCUCAAGGCUUUGGGUUUACAUUAAGACAUUUUAUUGUUUAUCCCCCAGAGUCUGCAAUUCAGUUUUCAUAUAAGGAUGAAGAAAAUGGAAACAGAGGAGGAAAACAAAGAAACCGCUUGGAACCAAUGGAUACCAUAUUUGUUAAACAAGUUAAACAAGGAGGACCUGCUUUUGAAGCUGGAUUAUGUACAGGUGACCGAAUUAUAAAAGUCAAUGGAGAAAGUGUUAUUGGCAAAACCUAUUCCCAAGUAAUUGCUUUAAUUCAAAACAGUGAUACAACAUUGGAACUUAGUGUUAUGCCAAAAGAUGAAGACAUUCUCCAAGUGGCAUAUUCUCAAGAUGCCUACCUGAAAGGCAACGAAGCUUAUAGUGGCAAUGCCCGCAAUAUACCUGAACCUCCACCAAUCUGCUAUCCCUGGCUGCCAUCUGCCCCGUCAGCCAUGGCACAGCCAGUUGAAAUAUCUCCUCCUGACUCAUCAUUGAGCAAACAGCAAACCAGUACACCAGUACUGACACAACCUGGCAGGGCCUAUAGAAUGGAAAUACAAGUGCCUCCAUCACCAACAGAUGUUGCAAAAUCAAACACAGCAGUGUGUGUUUGCAAUGAAAGUGUAAGGACUGUCAUUGUGCCUUCUGAGAAGGUUGUAGAUUUGUUAUCCAAUAGAAACAACCAUGCAGGUCCUUCACAUAGAACUGAAGAAGUGAGGUAUGGUGUGAAUGAGCAGACCUCUUUAAAAACAGUGUCAAGAACCACAUCACCACCAUUAUCAAUUCCCACCACUCAUCUAAUUCAUCAGACUGCAGGCUCCAGAUCAUUGGAACCUUCUGGAAUUUUACUUAAAUCUGGAAAUUACAGUGGACAUUCUGAAGGAAUCUCAAGCAGCAGAUCUCAAGCUGUGGAGGCUCCCUCUGUAUCUGUUAAUCACUAUUCGCCAAAUUCCCAUCAGCACAUAGACUGGAAAAACUAUAAAACUUACAAAGAGUAUAUUGAUAACAGACGAUUGCACAUAGGUUGUCGGACAAUACAAGAAAGAUUAGAUAGUUUAAGAGCAGCAUCUCAAAGCACGACGGAGUAUAACCAGGUCGUCCCCAACCGCACUACUUUGCAGGGACGACGUCGAAGCACCUCUCAUGAUCGAGUGCCCCAGUCUGUCCAGAUACGGCAACGCAGUGUGUCCCAAGAAAGACUGGAAGAUUCUGUGCUAAUGAAGUAUUGUCCAAGAAGUGCAUCUCAAGGAGCACUGACGUCUCCAUCUGUUAGUUUUAGUAAUCAUAGAACUCGUUCAUGGGAUUAUAUUGAGGGACAGGAUGAAACCUUAGAAAAUGUCAGUUCUGGAACUCCAAUACCUGAUUCCAAUGGAGAGAAAAAACAGACGUACAAGUGGAGUGGGUUUACUGAACAGGAUGAUAGACGAGGUAUUUAUGAAAGACCUAGGCAGCAAGAAAUUCAUAAAUCUUUUCGAGGUUCCAAUUUUACUGUGGCUCCAAGCAUUGUUAAUUCUGAUAACAGGCGAUUGAGUGGUAGAGGAGUGGGAUCUGUGUCACAGUUUAAAAAAAUUCCACCAGAUCUAAAAGCACUGCAGUCAAACAGAAAUUUUCAAACUACUUGUGGAAUGUCACUGCCUCGGGGUAUUUCACCAGACAGGUCACCUCUUGUGAAAGUCAGAAGUAAUUCUUUGAAAGCUCCUUCGACGCAUGUCACAAAACCAUCAUUUAGCCAGAAAUCAUUUGUUUCUAUCAAAGACCAAAGACCAGUAAAUCACUUGCAUCAGAAUAGUCUGUUGAAUCAGCAGACAUGGGUAAGGACUGACAGCACCCCUGAUCAGCAAGUGGAGACUGGGAAAUCCCCCUCUUUAUCUGGAGCCUCUGCUAAGCCUGCCCCUCAGUUGAGUGAAAACGCCGGUACUUCAGAUUUAGAACUACCCAUCAGUCAAAGGAAUCAAGAUUUAAGUUUACAAGAGGCUGAAAUUGAGCAAUCAGAUACUUUAGAUAAUAAAGAAGCUGUCAUCCUAAGGGAAAAACCUCCAUCUGGACGCCAGACACCACAGCCUUUAAGGCAUCAGUCUUACAUCUUGGCAGUAAAUGACCAGGAGACUGGGUCAGACACUACCUGCUGGCUGCCCAAUGAUGCACGUCGAGAGGUCCACAUAAAAAGAAUGGAGGAAAGAAAAGCCUCAAGUACCAGUCCACCUGGCGAUUCCUUGGCUUCCAUCCCAUUUAUAGUAAAAGGCAUUUAUUAUAAAGAAUGCAACAAUACUGAAAUGAGUAAGCCCAAUGUUAGUCUCUUCUCCCACGCCUUCUCCAUUCAGUCCAACUUUAGAACAGAUGAACCAACUAGCCCUAGCAUUGAUCAUGAUAUUGCACAUAUUCCUGCUUCUGCUGUUAUAUCAGCCUCUACCUCUCAGGUCCCCUCCAUAGCAACAGUUCCUCCCAGCCUCACAACUUCAGCUCCCAUAAUUCGCCGUCAGCUCUCACAUGACCACGAAUCUGUUGGCCCUCCUAGCCUGGAUGCUCAGCCCAACUCAAAGACAGAAAGAUCAAAAUCGUAUGAUGAGGGUCUUGAUGAUUACAGAGAAGAUGCAAAAUUGUCCUUUAAGCACGUAUCUAGUCUGAAGGGAAUCAAGAUCGCAGACAGCCAGAAGUCAUCGGAAGACUCUGGGUCCAGAAAAGGUUCUUCCUCAGAGGUCUUCAGUGAUGCUGCCAAGGAAGGGUGGCUCCAUUUCCGACCCCUUGUCACCGAUAAGGGCAAGCGAGUUGGUGGAAGUAUUCGGCCAUGGAAACAGAUGUACGUUGUCCUUCGGGGUCAUUCACUUUACCUGUACAAAGAUAAAAGAGAGCAGACGACUCCGUCUGAGGAAGAGCAGCCCAUCAGUGUUAAUGCUUGCUUGAUAGACAUCUCUUACAGUGAGACCAAGAGGAAAAAUGUGUUUCGACUCACCACAUCCGACUGCGAAUGCCUGUUUCAGGCUGAAGACAGAGAUGAUAUGUUAGCUUGGAUCAAGACGAUCCAGGACAGCAGCAACCUAAAUGAAGAGGACACUGGAGUCACUAACAGGGAUCUAAUUAGUCGAAGAAUAAAAGAAUAUAACAGUCUGAUGAGCAAAGCAGAGCAGUUGCCAAAAACACCUCGCCAGAGUCUCAGCAUCAGGCAAACUUUGCUUGGUGCUAAAUCAGAGCCAAAGACUCAAAGCCCACACUCUCCAAAGGAAGAGUCGGAAAGGAAACUUCUCAGUAAAGAUGAUACCAGUCCCCCAAAAGACAAAGGCACAUGGAGAAAAGGCAUUCCAAGUAUCAUGAGAAAGACAUUUGAGAAAAAGCCAACUGCUACAGGAACGUUCGGUGUCCGACUAGAUGACUGCCCACCAGCUCAUACUAAUCGGUAUAUUCCAUUAAUAGUUGACAUAUGUUGCAAAUUAGUUGAAGAAAGAGGUCUUGAAUAUACAGGUAUUUAUAGAGUUCCUGGAAAUAAUGCAGCCAUCUCAAGUAUGCAAGAAGAACUCAACAAGGGAAUGGCUGAUAUUGAUAUACAAGAUGAUAAAUGGCGAGAUUUGAAUGUGAUAAGCAGUUUACUAAAAUCCUUCUUCAGAAAACUCCCUGAGCCUCUCUUCACAAAUGAUAAAUAUGCUGAUUUUAUUGAAGCCAAUCGUAAAGAAGAUCCUCUAGAUCGUCUGAAAACAUUAAAAAGACUAAUUCACGAUUUGCCUGAACAUCAUUAUGAAACACUUAAGUUCCUUUCAGCUCAUCUGAAGACAGUGGCAGAAAAUUCAGAAAAAAAUAAGAUGGAACCAAGAAACCUAGCAAUAGUGUUUGGUCCAACCCUUGUUCGAACAUCAGAAGACAACAUGACCCACAUGGUCACCCACAUGCCUGACCAGUACAAGAUCGUAGAAACGCUCAUCCAGCACCAUGACUGGUUUUUCACAGAAGAAGGUGCUGAUGAGCCUCUUACAACAGUGCAGGAGGAAAGCACAGUAGACUCCCAGCCAGUGCCAAACAUAGAUCAUUUACUCACCAACAUUGGAAGGACAGGAGUCUCCCCAGGAGAUGUAUCAGAUUCAGCUACUAGUGACUCAACAAAAUCUAAGGGUUCUUGGGGAUCUGGCAAGGAUCAAUAUAGCAGGGAACUGCUUGUGUCCUCCAUCUUUGCAGCCGCUAGUCGCAAGAGGAAGAAGCCAAAAGAGAAAGCACAGCCUAGCAGCUCAGAAGAUGAACUGGACAAUGUAUUUUUUAAGAAAGAAAAUGUGGAACAGUGUCACAGUGAUACUAAAGAAGAAUCGAAAAAAGAAAGUGAGACACUGGGCAGAAAACAGAAGAUCAUCAUUGCCAAAGAAAACAGCACUAGGAAAGACCCGAGCAUGACAAAAGGUGAAAAGAUAUCACUAGGAAAAGAGAGCACGCCUUGCAAAGAACCCUCACCGCCACACAACUCGAAACAUAACAAGUCACCAACUCUAAGCUGUCGCUUUGCCAUCCUGAAAGAGAGCCCCAGGUCACUUCUGGCACAGAAGUCCUCCCACCUUGAAGAGACAGGCUCUGACUCUGGCACUUUGCUCAGCACGUCUUCCCAGGCCUCCCUGGCAAGGUUUUCCAUGAAGAAAUCAACCAGUCCAGAAAUGAAACAUGGCGAGUUUUUGGCCAACAUCAGCACCAUCACCUCAGAUUAUUCCACCACAUCAUCUGCUACAUACUUGACUAGCCUGGACUCCAGUCGACUGAGCCCUGAGGUGCAAUCCGUGGCAGAGAGCAAGGGGGACGAGGCAGACGACGAGAGAAGCGAACUCAUCAGCGAAGGGCGGCCUGUGGAAACCGACAGCGAGAGCGAGUUUCCCGUUUUCCCCACAGCCUUGACUUCAGAGAGGCUUUUCCGAGGAAAACUGCAAGAAGUGACUAAGAACAGCCGGAGAAAUUCUGAAGGAAGCGAAGUAAGUUGCACCGAGGGAAGUUUAACAUCAAGUUUAGAUAGCCGGAGACAGCUCUUCAGUUCCCAUAAACUCAUCGAAUGUGAUACUCUCUCCAGGAAAAAAUCAGCUAGGUUCAAGUCAGAUAGUGGAAGUCUAGGAGAUGCCAAGAAUGAGAAAGAAGCACCUUCAUUAACUAAAGUGUUUGAUGUUAUGAAAAAAGGAAAGUCAACUGGGAGUUUACUGACCCCCACCAGAGGCGAAUCUGAAAAACAGGAACCCACAUGGAAAACGAAAAUAGCAGAUCGGUUAAAACUGAGACCCAGAGCCCCUGCGGAUGACAUGUUUGGAGUAGGGAAUCACAAAGCGAAUGCCGAGACUGCUAAAAGGAAAAGCAUCCGGCGCAGACAUACGCUAGGAGGGCACAGAGAUGCUACUGAAAUCAGUGUUUUGAAUUUUUGGAAAGUGCAUGAGCAGAGCGGGGAGAGAGAAUCUGAACUUUCAGCUGUGAACCGGUUAAAACCAAAAUGCUCAGCCCAGGACCUUUCCAUCUCAGACUGGCUGGCCAGGGAACGCCUACGCACCAGUACCUCUGACCUUAGCAGAGGAGAAAUCGGAGAUCCCCAGACAGAGAACCCAAGCACACGAGAAACAGCCACGACUGACACACCUUUGUCUUUUCAGUGCGACACAGGCAGUUCUUCCAGCACCUUGGCUUCAACCAACAGGCCCCUUCUUUCCAUACCACCGCAGUCAUCUGACCAAAUCAACGGAGAAAGCUUUCAGAACGUGAGCAAAAAUGCUAGUUCUGCAGCGAAUGCCCAGCCUCAUAAACUGUCUGAAACCCCAGGCAAUAAAGCAGAGUUUCAUCCCUGUCUUUAAACUGGGGGUAUGUCCACUCUAGCAAGUAAAAAAACUACUGUUACACGUUCCAGUAACUGUCAAUAUUUUCUUGUAUCAGAAUUGUUAUUAUGCAGCCUUCAUUUGGGCUGGUUUCAUCAUUUUGCACUGUGAAAUAGCUUUACAGUGCAUUACUACAGCCAGAAGAACAUAUAUAUAUAUAUAUAUUUAAAAAUAUAUCGGAUAGUUGCAUACAAAUGAGCAAGGUAUUUGUUGCAACUUACUACAUAGCAUAUACCCAAAAUCACUGAAGAAAAUCGCUGGCAUCAGUGUGCAGCAAAUUUGUUCUUUUGGUUUCAUCACUAACAAAAGUGCCUCAUCAUAAAAAUACAGUUGGUUUUUAGGGUGCCAUAUUGUUAAAAUUAGAUAACUUACAUUGAAUAAAUGAAUGCGUUUUAUCGGUAACAAAUUUCAUCACAUUUACCAGUUUUAACACAGGUGGAUACAGAACUUCCAUUCUUUAGUCAUUCCAGGUGGAUCUGAGUUUUAUAUUCAAACUUUUAAUACAGUUUUUGAGUUUUGUGUGACUUGAAUUUUUAAUCUUUCUGUAAAAUACGUAACUUAAAUGAACAUAUUAAAUGUGUAUCUUUUCUUCAGAUACCAGAUUUGAUAUAAAUGUUGUAACAUAGGUGUGUAGAUAGUGGAUCCUGGAUGGAACUGGCUUCUUUAUCGAGAAGAAUAUAAUUCUGCAUGAGGACUUAAUGAAUCCAAACCUGUGUCAUGCCUGUGUGCAUACCCAAUUAAACACUGGAAAUAAACAUUGUUUUGGUGAA